AUGUUGGGCGAGGAAGAUGGGGGUGGACUGGAAUGUCCAGCUAAUGUCGUUGCAGGAGCCGUGGACCAUCAGGAUGACGCCACGUGGAGGGGAGACAGAGAAUGUCGAGGAGAUAGCUUUGAAAAUUUCCAAAUAGCCAAAGGCAUCUGGAACACACAAGAGGAUUACUGUGAUUACUCAAGACAUGUUUCACGCAGGUCUAGCGAUGCCUUCCACAAGUGUCAUUACUGUGGUGUUUUGGUGGCCAUUGCUCUCUCUGACAUGCACAAGUGUAAGUCCAGAAAGAAUGUGAAAAGAUUCAAAGGCGAAAUUAGAACUCAAAAUGUUAAAGAUCUGAGCUUUCAAGACCAACCCAGAUCACCUUUUCACUAUUUUAUGGAAAGUUUUGUGGAGACUUGUAAGGCUAAAAAUCAGAUUGAAGUCGAUCGAAAAGGUUUUGAGACAUGGAGGACUAUGUCAAAACAGGAGAGGCUGCCUUAUGUCCUUCAAGCUGCAAAGGUGAACUCGAGUUAUGAAAAAGCUUUGCUUCAAGAGGUGGAUGAUGAUGAAGCAGAUUCAGCAGCGGUGGCCAUGUCGAGGUCGCUCUGCAUGAGAAGCUGUCCAACAGAGUGGGAUGGAAGCUUAACCAAGGGAGCUUAUAAUAAUCCUUGUGUGUGUGUUGGGGUUGAAGAAUCAAUCAGAGAGGCAAAAGCCGAAGCGGAGGAAAGAGAGAGGCUGCAACUGAGCUGUCCAUACUCACCAGCGGCGGAAGCGGCCGCGGAGGACCGAAACUGGGAGGUAUGGCAGACAUGUUAUGUGCUUAGUUUUCUCAUCGUCCGGCGGGCGGCCAAGGCGAGGCUACCACCCGCCGGUGAAGCGAAAUUACUAGGUUGUUAACCUAGCUCUGAUACCAUAUUAGUUUUAUGUAUAAAGAAAGAGAAAGAAUUGUGUAUUGAAUAUGUUUAUGUAUUGAAUGUUAUAUGAAUAAAGAGGUACACUCUCCGUUAUAUAGGAGAGAAAAUUACAAACAUCAUCAUGCCAAAAGUGGAUCCACUA